AUGUCCCAUCAGCUGCUUGCCGAUACUUCAAACCUCCCGCACCCAAACGCUGCCGUCUCCUCUAAUCACCCAGUAGCUGGCAGCGGAUCGGAUUUGAGAUCAUUCGGAGACCGGAUGUCUGAGGGAUACACAGCAUCGUUGUUCUUUCAUGGUAUAUCCUUCGUGUCCAGUCCGACACUUGAGGCUUUCUUACUUGCAAAAGGCGAACAAGAGACACUCUCAAAUGCUUUGGUCGAGGCUACCUGCGCUAUAGGCGCGGCGAAACUUGCUUUCCCAGAAGACGAAACUGGCAUAUCGUCUUCACGACAGCGGUUAGAUAUUUCCAAGACCAUCAUGAGUACUAUAUUCAAUUUAGUCGCUUCAGAGGCAGCAACUUCGUCGUCAGACACCGAUCGACAGGAGAAAGUGCUGAUCUUGAUACAAAUGCUAAUGCUGCGGGAUGCUUAUGUCGGCGAUCCUGACUGGCUGAAGGCUUAUCAGCGCUUCUUGACAUAUUUGACUGUUUAUGAAACUCUGGGAGCGUUAAGCGCUAAACAAGCACCGGUCCUGCUGAGCUGUCCAAAUUCUUUGUGGUUGGAGGAUUUACCUUGUGCGCAAGAGGUCAUUCAUGCAGACUUCGGUUUUAGUCUACCUACUUUGUUCCUAAUUGCCAAUCUAGCAACGAUCAUAGCUUCAGGAGAAACCUCAGACUUGGUUUACGGCUUCCAUCGAUCGCACGCGAGAAUACAACAAGCUGGCUCGUCGAUAUUAGAGCUGUUAGUAGAGGUUACUAUAUGGACGGGGUCAAUGAUCAAUCUCCUACAUCCACUCUUGAUGGCCGGCGAGGUCACAUCAAGGAGUCAAAGGCAUAGCUUGGAGCUGAUACUGGAGACUGCGAGGGAGAAGGCAGACACAGCCGACGUAGAGAUCAUUCAUCAGGCAAGUGUCUUGCUCAAAAAGGCUAUGCACGUUCCCAAAAUAUUGACUCUCGCUCGUCACAUAUUACCGCAGGUCAUCAAAGAGUGUUGGCAGCGAAGGGAUAAUGGUACAGGGGAAGAAUCUGUUUUCGAAGUGAUGGGAUGCACGCCCCCAACAAAUAUCUUGUAG